AUGCCAUGUUACAGAGAUACAAUUGUGAGAAUAAAGCUUGUUUGGCAAACUGUAAAGGAAAAUAAUAACUUUAUUGUGUUAUGGGCUGUUGGUUCAUAUCCUGUGGAGCGCAAAAGUAAUGAUCUUGAGAUGGUUUCUAAAUUAAAUAAAUGUCCUUUAAAAGUUUUUCUAGUUGGAGUUCUACAGGAAUUGUCAAUAGUUCUGGAGAACAGUGAAGAUGCUAUCUUUAAUGUGUUUGUAACUGAUCAUGUUCUUGGUCAGGAGUGGAAUUAUGUUGUUGAAGUGGUUUUUCCUCAUUUUAAUCCAAGAUUCACUCAUUUAAAGACUUUGGUUCGCCCAGAAGAAUCACUUGUUUUUGUUGUUGGUCAAAUGGAAGUUAUUCAUAAUGAUUUUUAUAUUUAUGCGAGAGAUAUUAAUCUUAUCGAUAUUAAUCGGCUUAAGAGGAAAAUUUUUGAUAAUAAUAGUUUUGAUUGCCCGAUUGAAGGUGUUAAUAUGACUCGUUCAAACCUCCUUUUUAUGCACCAAAAUAUUAAUAAUAAAUCGAGAAAUGUUCAUAAUGUUGAAGAUUCACCGUCAGCUUUAAACGAUUCUUUUGAUGAAUUUCGUUCUGGUUUAUCUUCAACUGAUAAUAUUACUUCAAAAUGUGUAAGAGUUGAAUCUUGUGGUGAAAGUGAUGAUGAUUUUGAUAGCAUUGACAAAUGCGAUGUUGAAUUUGAUAAGUCUAAUUGUUUAAAUGAAAUUUUUGAAGGUAAUACGUUUAGUGAUUCAUCAAAAAAAGGAAAUUCUCAAAAGAGUAAGAAAGACAAAGAGCCUGUUGGUGGUUCUUUACGUACUGCUUUGAGAUCUCAUAAGUCUGGUGUAGGCAGUGAAAAGUAG